UAAUUUUUUUUAAGGAAGGGGUGGACAUUUCAACAAUUUAGAAGCAUCCGAUUCCGUAGCUUGCAGUUAGCAACAAUGGCGGAAAAUGAAGAAGAUGAUUACAUGGGAGACCUUUCUCACUUUCUUCCUCCAGGAGCUUCUUCUCUUCCCUCUAAAACGGCAUCAAAUAAGCCUGAAGUUCCGAACAAGAAACGUAAGGUGUUAAACUGGCAAGAAAGGAAAAAGCUCAAGAGAGAGCAGAAGCAAAUUGAAGAGGACCAAAAAACUCUAGUCAAUUUAGAGUCAGCAAUUCCUGAGAGCAACAUUGGAUUCAAAAUGUUGAAACAAAUGGGUUAUACUCCGGGAUCAGCAUUAGGCAAGGAAGGUUCUGGUAGGUCUGAACCUGUGGGACUGGAAAUCCGAAGGGGCCGUGCUGGGAUUGGGAAAGAAGAUGAUAAGGUAGAGAAGAUGAGGAAGGAAAUGGAGAAGGCUAACAGGGAUAGAAGGACAGAAGAAGAGCUAAUGGAAACUUUUGGAUCUCACCUGAAGGAGCGAUGGAAGGAUAAGAGGAUUGUCAGCAAUUUUCACAAGGCUGAUGCAGUACUGGCUCAGUUAGAGAAUAGGGAGGUCGUAACGGAGAAAAAGGAAGAAGAGGAUGUAGGAAAGGAUGAGGAGGAGGAAGAGGAAGAACCGAUCACAGAAGAGGAUUUGCUCAAUACAUUGAUGAGGCUGAGAGAUGAGUAUCAUUACUGUCUUUUCUGUGGAUGUCAGUAUGAAUCAACUGAGGCACUGCAGUCUAACUGCCCUGGGAUAACCGAGGAUGACCACUAGAUGCCAUUCCCCAGUAGGCCUUAGCAGCAACACCUUGAGAAGGAUUUAGAAUCCUCCUGCAACAAAUGGAUAAUUCCAGGGAUGAUAGGAGCAGAGAUUCAUCACGCAUCUCGGCAGCAAAGCAAGAGCUCAGAUCGAAUGACCAUUCCAUUCAGGUGAAUGUGGCUUCUCAAUAAAUUAUUGAAAGCAGAAUACAGUGAUUAGAUUAUAUUAGUGCAUCUCCCAUAGCUUCGAAUUGCAUUUCUUGAGCCACAUGAACCUUGAUAGUUGUGCUAUGGAUGGUGGCUGGAUAUCAAGAUUAGUGAUUCUUGUACUGUAGCUGUUGAUUGAAGUUGUAUUUAUUCUUAAAUGUGUUGAUAGCGUUUGUAAUGUUAAGAUUGCCAUAUUCGAAUACUCCACAAGGAGUGUACACACCAUGAACAUUAUCUUGUUUAUUCCCCAGCAUCUGAGGGGGCCUACUAAAAAGAUUAACCAGUUCUAUUCCAUAUUGAAUGUAA